AUGGGGAGUCCGUCUCUCGUCCAACCAAAUGUGCUGCAUUCGUCGCAAAGCGACUCCGCGGUUGGACGGAGUAGAUACGGCAUGCAGAGUGGUGCCACCAGUGGGAGCUCGUUUGGCUCCACAUGCAGCGACGGGGGUUCAGCCAUUGGGACUCCUGCGAUUACUGCGACUGCUGCGACUCCUGCAAACGGUGUUGUUUUUCCGGUGCAGAAGUUUCAGCCAGGCGUGGUGUUCUCAAGCCCCAUGCACCUGCCUCACCAGGAUUCUUCUUCGGACGCGUUCAACGCAGCUGGAGCCACCACGUCUGGGUCGUCGCUUGGGGAGUCAGCUGUAUCGCCUGGAUCAUCACAUGGAUCAUCGCAUGGAUCGUCGCCUGUAGUGUCAUCAAGAUCCCUGUCUGGAGCAUCCCCUGUCUCCUCCGAUCAGGAUCCCGCCACCAUGAUUCCUCACCACUCCAGCUUGACUGCGCUCUCCAAUUCCUCUGCUGCUUCCUCUGCAGCAGCUGCCCGUCACGUCCGGAGCAACACGGGCAGCCCGAAAACGAUUUUCAGAUACGUUUUACAGCCCGGGCAGGCACCGCCAGGGUCUAUCAGUCAGAUCGAGAGGAACGGGCAGGAGGCUAGCAGCACGGCGGGCAGCGCUAUGAAAAGUAUCGGGGAAGGGGCGGUGGUGCAGGAGAAGGAAAAGGCUCUAUUGAAGGAAGGUGGUGGGAGUGCGUGGGCGUCUGUCAAUGCUCCCGCUGAAGGAACGCAGGCGAAUGAGCACGCGGCAAGGCGACGGCUUGAAGUCAGAUCCCGCAAGGCCAGUGCCGCAACUGCCGCUGGUAAGAUCAUUGCUGCUUCCGCCGAAGCUACUCCCCCCGAAGCUGCUUCCGUAGCUGCUGCCGAGCUCCAUGCUCCCGCUGUGGCUGCUGUUCAGGCUGCUCGUCGACCCGAACCCGUGCCGCAAGGGGCCGCUGUGAGGGCCGGUGUGGGGCCCGCUGGGGAGACUUUCACUCCGGGGGGCGCCGCCAAGGGGGCUUCCGCUGUGGCUGCUGUUCAGGCUGCUUGUCGAACCAAACCCGUGCCGCAAUGGGCCGCUGUGGGCCUUUUCGCUCUGAGGGACGCCUGA